AUGGAUACAAUACUCUAUAAGAAAAUACCAGAUAAAUACUGUAAGCUUUACUAUUACAAAACAAUAUCCAUUAACCUAAACAACCAUCACGGAACAAACCUAACUGUGCCGAUGGCUCAGCGCUCGUUCCCGCCCUCCUUCUGGAACAUCAACCACCAGCCGGUGCUCUCACACCAUCACACGGGCGGCGCCGGUGGGGGUCAGUCGGGCCUAUGCCUGCCGGGCAGCUCAUCGCAAGUGCACGAACUGUACGCCGACGCCUACCACCACCCGUCCGCACUACACCCGGCCUCAAUACACCACCAGACAGGGGCCGACCCGUGGCACUACACCCUGUCGGCAGCGGCGGCGGCCACGGCCAGCAACCCGUACAGCGCCGCCGCCCACCAUCACCAUCAUCACAGGGCGGCCGCCAUACACGAGCUCAGCAGCUACUCGGCCGCCGCGGCCACCAAUCGGUUCAAUACGGCUCCCUAUAGUUCGCUGCUCUUACAGCCGGCGUCCAUGCGGUCCACACGACUGACACCCGUGUCGGCCACGUGUACGGCCGCGGCGUUUGAUAAGUCGGCGGCUGUCGAUGUCGGCGCCAUGAGUUGGCCGACAAACAGCCGCUACCAUCACGACCAGCAAACGGCGGCCAUGAAUUUCGCGGCCGGCAUCGACCCCAGCAAUUACAGUGCCAGUGCCGCCUACGGGGCCGCUAUGAGCGCUGCUAUGUCUGAAAUAGCAAAACGUGCCUGA